AUGUCUGGUUUGGGCAAACGCUUUAUCACUGAGAAGGACGCCGAAGCCAGAAAAAAGGCUCAAGAAGCUGAAGGAGUCGUAGAAGAACCUUACGAUGCACGUUCCCUCUACGAUCGACUUCAGAUCGAAAAGGACCGUAAACAAGAAGAGUAUGAGGCCCAGUCUGCCUUGAAAAAUCGCAUCCAUCGAUUGGACAAGGAGGAAGUGGAGUAUCUGCAAUCGCUGGCGAUGAAACAACAAAAAGAACAGAUGCACAAUGAGGAGGAGGUUGCGGCGCUGGUGCGGGAGGCACAGAUAUCCUUUUCCUGUGGUUGA